AUGCCGGUGCUAGCUCUCCGUUUGUCGGGCCGGGCCCGCAUGGCGCUGCUGGGGUCGGUGCGGCCUGUGUGCGGGGCUGCAGCAGCGGCGGGCGGCCUGACCCUGGGCCUGGGCCUGUGGCUGGGCUGCGAGCUGCGUCGCCUCCCUCUGCCGGAGGACGGGGAGGCCGGGCCCGAGACCCCGCUGCCGCCGGCGGUGCUGGUGGCGGCUGCCGGCGGCCUGAGCGCUCUGCUGGCGGGCGGCCUGUGCGCGCUAGGCCCGAGGCCUGGGGCCGGGGCCGGACGCCUGCCCGCCUGGGCCGACCUGUGGCCCGGCCUGGCGCUGGGCCUGAGCGCCGCAGCCGCCGCCGCCUGGGGCUGGAGCUGGGCCUGCGGCCUAGAGCCCGGCCUGAGCCACGGCCUCGCCUACGCUCUCCGCUCCUACGGCCACACCGACUCCCCGGGCCGCUGCCUGCUCAAGCGCUCCGUCGACCAGCUACAGGCCGGGCUCGGUUGCUGCGGUGUCCGCGGGCCCACCGACUGGUUCCAUGUCCAGUGGAUCAGCCCGCGCUUCCUGGACCUCAACGACAGCCGAGUGCGAGACCAGCUGCACAGUAACAUUGCAGGCCUGUACCUGAUGGACAGCGUCCCGUUCAGCUGCUGUAACCCAGCCUCCCCCAGGCCCUGCAUCCAGCACCACCUGAAGGACCCUUCAGCCCACUACAACUACCAGCCCGGGCCCGAGGACCUCAACCUGUGGACCAGGGGCUGCCACGAGGCUCUCCUCGACCACUACUCCUUCAUCCUCAACUGGGUCGGUGCUGCCCUGCUCCUCUCCUCCCUCCUACAGCUGGCCCUGCUGAUAACAAUGCGGUACCUCAUCAUCUCAACCCUGGCUGCGGAGGCUCUGGCCGAUCCCGACUGCGAGACAGUGGGCUACCUCCUGGAGAAGGGGCCGGUGGACACGCUGAGGACGGCCGCCAAAGCGCUGCGAUCUGCGCUCUCGUCCAACGCGGUCCAGACCGACACUGCCCCGAUCGUGGAGAAGAUGCCGGAUAAAUAGACCCCUUGUUGUAGCCUUAGCUGCUUAACCUUUCACCCCUCCCUGCCUGACCCCCACCACGGUCUACUCCAGAGGGGGUGGGGGGGGGGGGGUUCACCAGCUUGGCCACACGUAGCCCCGCUGACCAGAGCGAAAACCUAAAAUGGCCACCAUGCUGACUGGAGCAAAAUCCUAAAAUGGCCACCCUGCUGACUGGAGCAAAAUCCUAAAAUGGCCACCAUGCUGACUGGAGCAAAAUCCUAAAAUGGCCACCCUGCUGACCAGAACAAAAUCCUAAAAUGGCCACCCUGCUGACCAGAACAAAAUCCUAAAAUGGCCACCAUGCUGACCAAUGACAACCAAAAUGGCCACCCUGCUGACCGGUGACAACUAAAAUGGAGGCCCUGUUGACCUGUGACAACAUCAAAAAUGGCCACCAUGCUGACGAGUACAACUAAAAUGGCCACCCUACUGACCGGCGAAAACCACGAUGGCCGCCCUGAUGACCAGUGACAAUGUCUAAAAUGGCCACCUUGCUGACCAAUACAACUAAAAUGGUCGCCUUGCUGACUAAUGGCCAUCUUGCUGAGCACUGACAUCUAAAAUUGGUCGUUGUCAACAUUUGAAAUGGUUACCCUGUUGACCAGAAGCAACAACUACAAUGGCAGCCAGUCAACGGCUGACAAGAGGCAGUGAAUAAGAUGACCGACCAGCGGCGACACCUAAAAUGGCGGCCCGACUGACCAGUGCCGACAACUAAAAUGGCGGCCCGGCAACCAGCAACAUUAAAAUGGCCGACCUGGCGACCAGCAACAAGUUAAAAUGUCCGCCUUCGGCUUGAGAUAGGAAUGGUCUCCUUCCGAGAUAAUCUGGUUAUUAGUUCCUCUCUAGGUCUGGUGCCAGACAACGUACUGUAGGCAACGCUUGUAAAUCCAAAUCAGUAGAGGCUUUCCUUGAAUAAAAGUCGGGUAAAGAG